UUCACCAUCAUUGUAGAACCAUUUCAAGCUUGAGAUUUUAUUGAAAAAGCAUUUUUGAGCAAAUUUUCUUCCGAGUUAAAUUGGUAGUUGAAGAGCUAAAACAAACAAAGAAAAAAUUAGACUCUUUCUAAUGUGUUACUAUUUUUCGUCUGUGUACCAAUCUAGACGUGAACGAUAUAUAAGUGUAUAGAAGAGAAGAAGAAAUAUUUUAAGCGAAAAUUAAAUAAGAAUAAAAAUGGCUGAACUUGAUUCUGAUCCACGGAGCACGCUCGAUGAUGAAGAUUUAGAAGAUGGAGAAAUUGAAACUGAUGAAGAGAAUGAAGAAGUGAAACCAGUUAAACCAGUGGCUAGUGAGCCAGUAAAAAAGCCAAAAAAUGACGAUGACUCAAAAAAGACAAACGAGGUCAAGGGCAAAAAUGAUAGUCGCAAGUCGGCGCCAGAUAAUAGUUCCGCUAAAAGUAAGAAGCUAUCAGCUAACGAUGCCAUAGCAAAAGACGAUUGGAUGGGUGAUGUAGAGAAUGCGCUAGCAAAGGCAUUACAAAAGGAUGGCAUUGCGCCGAAACCAGUGAAAAUAAAUGCAAAGAAAGCAAACGAUGAGCAGCCAAAGGACACAAAAGAACAACAAAAAGAGACAAAAGGCGAAAGCAGCAGUAGUAAAUCGAGUAAACAUAAGCGCAAGCAUAGUAAAAAUGAUAAAGAAUUACAACGUAAAAAGGCUCGGCUUACUGAUGAAGAACCGGAACGUACCUAUCAUUCAAAUGAAUCGGAAGAUUUUGAUGAGUAUGAAAUGAUGAAUGUGAGAGGUGGUAGUCCAGUACAACAUGGUGGCACACAAGGGUCACAAAAACAAAAUUUAAUGUACUAUGAUUCAGAUGGAAGUUAUUCAUCGUAUGAAAGUGAUAUAGGUGAACAACGGCGACGAAAUCGUGCUAAGCGCCGUGCCAAUGAUCGCAGAGACCGUCGAAAUCAUCGCGGCGGACAUUCAAAACGUGACCAUAAACGACGACGAGGCGAUGACUCUGAUGAUGAAAAUAUUGGCCAUAGUAAUAAUACAGGCGGCAAUGGCGGCGGUGGAGGUGGCGGUAAUAAUCGAAACAACAAUAAUCAACCGAGAAAAGCCGAAUUAUGUAAAUUUUAUUUGAUGGAGUGCUGUGCAAAAGGUGAAAAAUGUUUGUAUAUGCAUGGCGAUUUUCCGUGUAAAUUUUAUUAUCUAGGAAUGAAGAAUCAUAAUCGUGAAAAUUGUAAAUUUUCACAUGGAAAACCAUUAACCGAUCAAUUGCGUGCCGUGUUAUUGAAGCAUCUGGAAACAGCACCGAAAGAAAUUCUCGGCGAUUUUCCACGUAUUGCACGUGAAAAUGCGAUCAAUAUGAUUAAUGCACAACAUCAAAAAUUGUUAGUAAAAUUUGGCAUGGAACCAGAACCAAACACCACAAAUACAUCAAAUGCAUCGCAAACGUCUAAGCUGCCAUCGUUGCUUGACAUUAAUUUGGAUAAAUAUCAGCCGCCGUCAAAUAAUGAACUUGGCAUGGGCAAUAUGAAAAAAGAUAAACCACGUAAGAGCCGAUGGUGUGACCAACGAUCCAAUGAAUCGAACACAAAUCAUUCAUCACAAAAUUCAAAUAAUUCAACACAUGCCGCAUCAAAUCAAUCAUCGAAUGAAAAUGAGAUUAAACUUAGCUCAUUCACCAACAUUCUUACUGCUGAGCAAUUAGACAAAUUGACAAAAAUGGGAAUUGAGACCGUCAGCCAACUUUCCCAAUUGACCAUUCUUCAAGUCAUGGAGUUGGGACUGGAAAUUAAAGUUAUAUCGGAAUUACAAUUGAAAGCAUCUCAGUUGCAACAAAUUAAACAGAUACAAUCGCAACAAAAUCAGCAGCAAAAGUCUUCACAAAGUAGUAAAACACCAUCAGAACCUCAAAAUCCAUUUUCACCCAGCUCAAAUGAAACAUUGAGUCAAGAUCAAGAUAUGCGAAUAGCAUUGAAUACAACACGAACAAAUGAUAAAUUGGAAUUAGCAAAUCAAGAUGUCGAUAUGCGUAUUUUGGCAAUUCCACAUCGAACCGGAUUAGAUCGUUCGAAAUCGGAUAGUUUUAGCAAAAAUACUCAAUCAGAAAAGACAAAUGAACAGGCAAACGCAUCAAGAAAAACUAUCGACUAUUCACAAUAUUUAAAAGACGCCAACAUUGAUUUGAAUCAAUCUGACUUGGAAGAUCAAUUAGUAAGUGAACCUUCGAAAGGUAAGAAGAAAGGCUAUGAUAGUGAUGAGGAUGAGGGAAAUCCAUUAGUAAUCGAAGAAGAAGACGAUCCAAUGCACGCAGAAGAGCCGAAUUCAGAUAAUGAUGAAUCUGGAAUUCAAAGAGCUAACGAUGAUGCUACUGAAUAUAACUCACAAGCAUCAACAUAUUAUGAUUCGCAAUGCGAUCUUAAAAAUGACGGAAAUUCAAUACCAAGCCCCGAUCCGAGCGGAGAUUCGGCAAGUCAAAACGAGAAUAUUUUGCCACCAUAUUAUGCAUCAUCAUCGAUGUACCCCACAAGUAUCCCAAUUAAAAUUGAUUUAAGUUCAUCUGUUUCACAAUUGUUAAAGAAAGAAGACAGCGUACAAAAGACUGAUAGCUAUAUUAAAAAAGUUGACAGUGGUUUUCAUUCAGAACCAAUUGAUGGCAAUGAUUCACCAAAUCAGUCGUCAUCAACAGGAACGUCAUUUUAUUCAAGACAAAUACCCGAAACAAAUCAUCCAGCACCGCAAGCCCUCGAUGAGAAACCAUCACCAUCCGUGGAUUAUGACAGCCCAUCAGAGACAAAUGCACGAAUUUCAUCGCCAGUAUCAGCGAAACUGGUGCGAAAGUGUAUUUAUGAAGUGAGUUCGGACGAUGAUGAAGCAAAUGAUGAUAAAAUUCGUUCACCGAGUGACGAUGAUGAUUCACAAGAUUCAAGGAGUAAAAAUAUAUUUUCACUGAGCAAAGAUAAAGAUAUGCGUAUACCUCCCAUUUUCUUGGAGAAAGACUUUUCAAAUGGUGAUAUUGAUUUACGAUUACCAUUUAAACCAAUGGUAAAUUACAUACCAGCUACGGAAAUCGAUGCUUCAAUCACAUCACAUGCACCGAUUACAUACGAGGUAAAAGAGGUGGAUAUUCCAAAGCCAGACUACAGUGAAUUGCGUAAAAAUUUCAACGCUCAUGAAAAUACGCUCGAUCCACGUCUCCGACGAAUAUUACGAAUAAAAGAUAAUUAUUCCGAAUCAGAGACAAAUUUUUCAUUAAGUACAAAAGCGUCACCAUUUUCACCACCACAUGAGCCCGAAUUAUCAACGAUAAUAACCACCAAAAUGGAUACAGUAAGCGGUGAUCCGCGACGACAACGAACCGAUCCGCGACGACCAAAUGCACAUAUAAGCACAGCAAAUACGAAUUCAACAACGGCAUCAGUAUUAAAUAAGCCACCACAACGAUCGGUGCAUUUGGAUAUUCAAAACAUUCUACAAAAGUCAAAUUGGUACAAUGAAUGUAGUUCAAAGCAAAAAAUCAUGGUCAAUCAACAGCUGGCCAUUGUAUCAACUGAAUUGAAAAAAUUCCACGCGGAUCAAUCGGAAAAUAAGAUUUUUGAUUUAAAUUUUAUUAAUCAAAAUCAAUUACUUCAAGGUGUUUUAACAAAUUUAGGCAUUUUCAUUAAUGAUGAUGGUGAAUUUGUUCAAUUAGAUCAAACAAGUUUAGGUGGAAAUAAUAUGACAGCCGCGUCGGCAGCUGCACGAAAUUCGGCCGGCCAACAACAAGGUUUAGUUGAUUUAAUGUCAAUACCCAUGGAUAUGGAUUAUUUGCGAAAUAAACAACAACAUGAUGUACAGCAACAACAACAAGCGGCCGCAUUGCAAGCGAUCAAUGCAUUGGGUGGUCCACGAUUCUUAGGUCAACCGGGUGCAUCGCAAAUGCUUGGAUUUCCAAUGCCCGGCGAUGUAAUACGACCAGGACUUUUAGGUAUCGCACCAAAUAUGACAUUAAAUGAAGCUUAUAAUCUUAUGCAAAAUCCCAGAGAAAAUGCAGCAUUCUACAAUCGUGGUUCAGGUGGCGGAAAUAAUAAUAGCGGUGGUGGCGGCGGUGGUAAUAAUCGACGCACUGGAGGUGGAAUGAGACGAAACCAAAAUUUCGACAGAAAUAAUUCACGGCGUAAGUGAAUGUACAUAAUAUCAAAAUGCAUAUUGUAAUAUGUAAACAAAUUCUCUGGUAAAUGAGAAACAAUUGUAUUUAAAACGCGCUUUCUCAAUCAAUAAUUUUUUUUAUUAA